AUUCUCUCAUAACUGCUAUCAUCACAGGUGAUUGAUAUAAAAGGAUCUGGAAUCCAUGAUUUGUUAUGCAUUUGCAUCUAUCUUAUCGUCCCUGUAAACAAGAAAAUAUCAAUCAGGUCAAAAGUGAUAAGGAAUACCACACCAGCAAGGGAAAUGUACAGGUAGCAUCAACAAGCAGUGUCAUCAACCGCUUCAACAUGGAAGGCGAUGAGCGCUAUACAAGAGAGCAUAUUCAAAUAAGAGAAGAGAAUAAUGAUAUGCUUCACAGUGAAGCAAAUCGAAUAAAGAUGGAGGACGAGCAUUCGCAAGCAGCAAUUCGAGAUUCCGAGCAAAGGAAGCGGGAACUUCCAAUAUCCCUCACUGAGGAAGAAGAUGGACGAAUUAGCCCAAAGCAACAAAGAAGAAGUCCAUCCUAUGCUGAUGACUCGCGGCAGAAUCUUCAAGCAGGCAUGCCUCUGAAAGGAGAGAAUCUUGAAUUGAUAAAGUCUGAAAGCAGAGAAGUGACACCUUUGCAGCCUAUCGAUUCCAACAUUCAGCUACAAAGACCAACCGGUGGACUGGUGUCCAGAGACUCAAAUUCGUCCGAUAGCUCAACUUCGAGCACCGAUAGCAAGGGAAGGCCGAGGGAAUCAAUGUACCCAGAGAUAUUCGGAGAGAUGAUUACUACAGUGCUUGAACAUGAAGCAUAUCUGUUCACAGCAUCAGAAAGGAUACUUCUCGAAUCAUUCGCCAGCAUGGAUUACGAGGCCCGACAUCUUCUGGCGAGGUUGAUCCAAAGACGCAAUACGUGGCAUCGGGUUGACAAGUUACGAUAUGACUUCGAUGUAAAAGACAAAGCAACAGCUGUCACAUCUCUUUGUCAGCCGCAUUCCGAUAUUCUUGCACUGCAAUCUGAGAUUGAAGAAGAAGGGGAUGGCAGUAUUACACGCUUCUGUUUGAGCGAACAAGAUAUGGACGAAGGAUUUGAAGAGCCUCUCAACCUCCUUACCCUUGCUGAGCUGAAAGAGCUUGCAAAGAAUAUGAACAGAUUGAAAGGCGUUACAAACAAGGCUUCCAUCAUUUCAUCUCUCCUGACGACCAAAUCUCAAGGUACCUUGCAUGGUUUUGGAGACAGCAACCCAAACGAAAUUCGAUCACAAGCAGCAGUGUUACGAGAGCAAUUGACAGCAAUCGUUGGAGGAUGUGUGAAAGUCUGUCCGAAAGCACAAUCUCUGAUUGAUCGAAUCGCACUUGUCUAUUAUCGUGGAGCAGAAUUGGGCACUUCUGCUCUUACGACUGCAGUCUUAUCAAAGAGUCGUAAACGUGCUUAUCCUGAUUACGUUUGGAAGAGAAGCGAGAAGUUGUUCGCAUCACGUAAACACCUUGUUGAAAUGCAACAGGCUCUUCAGCUUGAAAUUCAGAUGGACCAAUGGAUCGAAUGGGAUGGCAGUCGCGAUGCGAUUGCCAAAGCGAUGGAAGCUUUUGAACAUGUAUAUGAACGUUGGAAAGAAGCCGUGCGUGAAGGAGAAGCAUUGGCAAAAGACUCAUACGAUUUGGGUGCAUACAAUCGAAUGCGAUUUCACCCUGGUUGGCCUUUGACCAGGGUGGUGUACAAAGGCGUUUAUGUGCUUGGAAGAUCUCACAAACAUGAAAGAGAAGCGGAAGUUUUGCGUGCUUUGCUUGGCCAACGUGUAUUUCGAAGAGGCCGUAGAGGUGACUGGUAUGAUCGUUUAGCCUUGAUUACCGCAAACUACCCGCCUUCCACCACGCCAAACGCGAUUCGAAAAGCAAAGCGAGAAGCAUUGGCGAUAUCUGUGCAAGGUAUCGAGGAUAGGGACACUCAUUUGAUCUAUCAAGAUACCUUGCAAAGGAGGAUCACUCGUCUUGAGAAUCAAUUAAAUUUGCCUUUCUCAGAGAAACACGAUUUCUCAUAUGCAAAGUUGCGCAAAUGCGAAGACAGGAUCUUCCGCGGUGUCAGGUUGGACAAGAUGAUGACCGAAAAGAAAGGCAUCUUUGGAUCUACAAUGCCUAUUCCUGGCCAAAAGGAGAGGCGUUCCAUGUCCCGCGAUCCUUCUGCGUCGGAUGAGUAUUCGUUCAAGUAUCGUGCUCCCUUGCGAAAGGUUGUCAAAGUGGAACGCAUGGAAGCAAAGGCAGAAGAGCCAGAGCAAGCCGAAGUGGAUGAGGGAGACACACCAACGAAAGAUCAAGAAGAAUCGCCAAAGUCGAAAUACUCAGUCGAACGUCGUGAUGUACGCAAGGAUAUGCAUAGUGUUUGGCGAGGAUUAGAUGGCCAGCCUUGUCGAGUUGAAUAUUUGGUCUUGCAGCACUACGAAAAACAAAACUUCAAGGGGUUCCAUUGUGAAGGUGGAGUGCUUACCAUGCUCUUUGCUUUGGUCAUGUGGGACAUCUUGUUCAUGCAUGUUGACGGUGUUUUUGAAACACCUUAUCAACGUCAACCUUUGGACAUCCUCGAGGAUUCUUUUGCCAUUGUUAGAGGUCCUGCUUUACGUCAGAGAUUGGUUGAGAUCGAGAACACCGGCGGCCUAGAUCUCAUAAAGCAGACUGAUGAUCGUGAACGUGAACGAAAGACAUGGGCGAUCGGAUGCAAAUGGGAUUUGUACACACAAGAAGAUCUUUUAGAGAUUGCAGAAUGUAUGGGAGGUAAAGCGCUUUCUGUUGUUUGUCAAAUGUUGGCAGAAGAAUGGAGUCAUUGUACUUCAGGAAUGCCGGACUUAGUCGUCUGGAGGCAUGCCGAUAAACAAGUCAGGUUCUGUGAAGUGAAAGGACCGGGUGACAAAUUGAGUGAUAAGCAGAAGUUAUGGAUUGACGUCCUUUUACGAGCUGGGUUGCGAGUUGAAGUAAGCAAAGUUGAAGAGAAAAAGUAGUGUGUUAAAGCAAAGCUUCUUAUUGAAGCAACAGUAUGUAUUUUAUUUCAGCAUUUUGUACGACCGCAUCUGUAUUUUUAUGCAUUGCAAUACCUGU